ACGCAGCUCAGCAGAGGAUGAAGCCCAAUUCUGCAGGUGCCUCCCCGGAGGCCUGCAAAGCCUCAGGCCAGGCUGAGAAGAGCUGCCCUGUCUGCCAGGCCUGGGGAGGGGUCUCAGGUCCAGGGUCUGGUUUAGGGUCAGGGUCAGGGUUGGGACCAGGGCCUGGAGCCAUUUCAGGGCCCAGGUUGGGACUUGGUACCGUUCCUGGGCCUAAUGCUGUUCCAGGACCUGAGUCAGGGUCUGGUGCAGUUCUGGGACCUGGUGCCAUUCCAAGGCCUGCACCAGGGCCCAGUGCUAUUCUAGGACCUGGACCAGGACCUGGUGCUAUUCCAGGGCCUGGGCCGGGGCCUGGUACUGUUCCAGGAUCUGGUGCUGUUCCAGGGGUGAGGCCAGGGUCUGGUACUGUUUCUAAACCUGAUGCUGUUCUAGAACGUGGACCAGGACCUGGUGCUAUUGCAGGGUCUGGGCCAGAGCCUGGUACCGUUUCUGGACCAGAUGUUCUGGGACCUAGUGCUAUUUCUAAACCUGAUGCUGUUCCAGGACGUGGGCCAGGACCUGGCACCAUUUCUGGCCCAGAUGUUGUUCUGGGACCUGGUGCCAUUUCAGCACCUAGACAAGGGACUGGUACUAUUAUUUCUGGAUCUGAUUCUGUUCUGGGGCCCAGGUCCCUUCCAGGGCCUGGACCGGGACCUGGUGUUGUCCCAGCACCUAGGCCAGGGCCUGGUGCUAUUUCUGGACCAGAUGCUGUUCCAGGGCCCAAUGCUGUUCCAGGGCCUGGACAAGGAGCUGCACCAUUACCUGGGCUGGGGCCAGGACCUGGGCCAGAACAGGGAUCUGGAACUGGGCCCAAACCCAGUGAGGCAGUGGCAACCCCAGCGCCAGCACCAGCACCACAGCAGAAGAUUCAAGCCAAACCUACACAGGCACCUCAGCAGAAGGUUCUGGUGACUGGAGGAGGAGGCUACCUGGGCUUUAGCUUGGGUUCCAGUCUGGCCAAGGCUGGCACUUCUGUCACUCUUCUUGACCGCCGCAGACCCCAAUGGGAACUGUCGCCUGGGACCGAGUUCAUCCAGGCUGAUGUCCGAGAUGAAGAAGCCCUGUACCGUGCCUUUGAAGGGGUGGACUGUGUCUUCCACGUGGCCUCCUAUGGAAUGUCAGUCUGUGUCCGCCGGCGGGUUCCAAGGCUCGUCUACACCAGCACCGUCAACGUCGCAUUCGGCGGGAAGCCCAUAGAGCAGGGCGAUGAGGACUCUGUGCCGUAUUUCCCACUAGAGAAGCACAUGGACCACUACUCACGGACCAAAGCCAUUGCCGACCAGCUGACCCUCAUGGCCAAUGGGAUGCCUCUACCGGGAGGUGGCACUCUUCGGACGUGUGUGCUCCGGCCUCCGGGGAUCUACGGCCCUGAAGAGCAGAGGCACCUGCCCCGUGUGGCGGGUCACAUCAAAAGGAGGCUGCUCAUGUUCCGGUUCGGGGACCGCAGGACGCGGAUGAAUUGGGUCCACGUGCGUAACCUGGUGCAGGCACACCUGCUGGCCGCCGAGGCCCUCACAGCAGCCAAGGGCUACGUGGCCAGUGGGCAGGCAUACUACAUCAACGACGGCGAGAGCGUCAACCUCUUUGAGUGGAUGGCCCCACUGUUUGAGAAGCUGGGCUACAGCCAGCCCUGGAUCCAGGUGCCUACUUCCUGGGUUUACCUGACAGCCACAGUGAUGGAGCAUCUGCAUCUGGCCCUGAGGCCCAUCUGUAGCAUCCCACCGCUGCUCACCCGGAGCGAGGUGCACAGCGUGGCCGUGACGCACACCUUCCAGAUCGCCAAGGCCCGCGCCCAGCUGGGCUACGCGCCAGCCAAGUUCAGCUUCGCGGACGCAGUAGAGCAAUAUGUGAAGUCCACCACCCGGCAGCCCCGCGGCUCCACGACACCGACGCUCCUGCGGCUGCUGCUCGGGCUGCUGCUCCUCGGCCUGCUCGCCUUGGCCCUGCACUUCCUAGGUCUGCAGCCCCUGCAGGCCGCCGUGGAACGACUCUGAACGAUUGCCACCGCGGCUGCCAGCUGGGCUGAGCCCUCGCCCACCCACGGCUCUCUGGCCAGGACCGCUCCGGCUCCGCCUCCCGGCCUGGCUCCGCCCCUGAGCCAUGGCCACGCUCCCGUCCCUCUGUCCUCUGGCCUGCCCUAGCGACUAAUGAGGCCCUAUCCUCAGCCUGUUCGACGACCUCCUCGUCCCUGACCAAUGUCAGCCCUCACCGGGAUCCUCUCCUGCUCUAAUCUCGCCCCUUCCCUAGCCUACACCCACGUUUGAGCCGCCUCCCCUAGUUUUUUCCCCUCCAGAGUAGGCCUGCUUCGCCUUGGGUCUAGCCCCUCCCCUCGUUUGCCCCCGGCCCCGCCCUCCUCUCUAGCUCCACCCCCGUGGCCCCGCCUCCUGGGCGGGGUCUCACUGGGCCUGCCCGCUGCUGCCCUUCUGCGGACUGUGGACCCUCCUCGCUGCUUAGGCUUCUCUGAACUUGUCCUGACGUGUCUCGGAAUCUUGGAUUUGACCCAUUGCAGUAACGUUGCCUCUGACCCGCCCCGACCCAAAUGUGUGGUCCGUCGUUGGUGCAGAGCUCCGUGUGUGGAUAGCCAGGAUUUGGAGGAACAUCGGGACCCAGGCAUCUGGUGGCCCAACGUGACCUUUUCGCGUUCCUGAUUUACAAAGCUGGGGGUAUCUCAGCAUAGUAAACACGAUUUUCUCCCAAGAGAGCUUUUUCAAGAGUUGGAUGCUUCAAAAAAGUACCAGGAUCGUUAUAAUGAGAUGAAAUAGAGCUUAGGUGGUCUUAUUAAUAUUUUAUGA